AUGCCUGGGGGGCCUUGGGUUGGCGCGGAAAAGGAGCAAACAAGGACAAAGGGAGAAUACCUGGUCCCUACUGGGGGAAAAGAGAGGAAGCAAAAGACGCGCAAGGUACCUCGAUAUCUUGUUGUGUAUCGGGUUGGCCCGCUGUUCCGACAAAAGAGAAGCUACAACAGCAUACAUGUAACUUCAGUGCCCUUUGCUUCUACGUCGUUCCCCUCCCCUUUCAUUACACGCUUCGUUGCUGCGUCGCACCACACUCAUCGCCGCCCUGGUGGUGUGUGUUUUUUUCCUUGCCGCGCCUGCUGUGGCCGCACAAAUGAGUUUACACCCCGGGUUGCUUGGCUUUCAUCCUCAUCCCCCAUCCUCAUGUACACACUGUUCAUCAUCUUGGCAAUUUCUAUGCGCCUUCAUUGGCUGGGCGGCCUCGUCGCCAGCUGGCGAGACUCCGCGUCUGCCAGCUGCCAGGGGUCGUUGCCGCCACCGCACUUCACCAUGCUGUACACUGCUUGUGUGAGUGAAUGCCAUCACCCACCAAGCUUGCGCUGCAUCUUUCCUUCGUGGCUUGAAUUCAUUUUCAUCAAGGAAACAUCAUCAAGGAAACAUCACCUCCUCGGCCUUCGUGAAGCCUUUUGCAGCCUUUUCGUACUCUUUCUACCCGUCGGCGCAGCUCUCCCUGCCUUUCUGCCAGGCCUUGAUACGCAUCACCCACAGCGCCGUUUGCUCUCUUUAAAUCAUCGCGCAAUCACUUGCUUCAUACCCUCAUAUCGCUCUGCUAGUCUAUGGCAAAGUCGUGCCAUCAUGGCACCACGCAAGGGCCGCGCAGCUUCCACCAAUCCUCGCCCCAAAAAGAUCCCUCAACCACCUCAACCACCGCAACCACCUAAACCUGAACGUCCGCUUGUGCUCGGUCCUAACGAUAAACAGAGAAAAGUCAAGAUCGUCGCCGACCAGCGUGUCAUUGAUAAGCCCUCUCCUAUGGUUGAAUUUCCUAUGAGAGAAUGGUCCCUUCGUCUGUUCCUUCUCGAUGACGAGGGCAACGAGCACCCCGGCGACGUCUUCACCAAAGUCGUCUACCACUUGCACCCUACCUUUAAAAACCCCGUCCAAACCUUUACCAAAUCCCCCUUCGCCUGUACCAAUGAAGGUUGGGGUGAGUUUGAAAUCGGCAUCGACUGCUACACCACCGAAAAGACCAAGCUCGCCCCCAUCGUUCACGACCUCAACUUCGCCGAGACCAAGUACGAGUCCGUCCACACCGUCGUAUUCAAGAAUCCCUCCCAGGCCCUGCAGGAGCGCUUGCGCGAGACGGGUCCCCUACCCACGGACGAGGACCGUCCCAAGAAAAAGAGCGGCCUCACUGGUAGCAAGAAGAGUGGCCAAAAGUAUGACUAUGAAAAGAUUGCAGAGGCUCUCGAGAAGCUCGAGGAAGAGGAACUGCUCCGCGUCAUCCAGCUCAUCAAUGAGCACAAGGGGCCUAACACUUACAUAAGAAGUGAUAUCGAUGUGGAUGACUUGGAUGAAGCCGGCGAGUUCUCGAUAGACCUGUAUACCAUGCCUGACCUUUUGACCACGAAGCUGUGGGACCAUCUCUCUAAGAAGGUACAUACGACCCACGAACCUGGCCAUGGCGUGGAUCCAUAUGGAAGCGCCAAAGAACGCCAAAGCGAAUAG